AGACAUACCAUCCAGCCGGACCCUAUAUAAACCAGCCUCGCCGAUCUAUUUACGGAGACUGUCAGUACGCACACAAGGCUGAAGGAAUUCAGGAGAUUACUUCUUAAAACACUUACUCUCAAUUGAUAACAAUGUCUUGGGGAUACGCAGCCAACAACGGACCCGACAAAUGGGGUGAAAACUUCCCGAUCGCAAAUGGACCUCGCCAGUCUCCCAUUGACAUUGUACCUGGCGAGGCUGCGUACGACGCCGCACUGAAGGCGCUCACGCUGAAGUACGAUCCCUCCACCUCCAUCGACAUCCUCAACAAUGGCCAUUCUGUUCAAGUCACCUUCGCCGACGACACUGAUAGCUCAACUCUGACCGGGGGCCCAAUCUCCGGGACUUACAGGCUCAAGCAGUUCCACUUCCACUGGGGGGCCAGCGACGACAGAGGCUCCGAGCACACUGUAGCCGGGACCAAGUACCCAGCUGAGCUGCAUCUGGUCCACUGGAACACCAAGUAUCCCAGCUUUGGAGAGGCCGCCAGCCAGAGUGACGGACUGGCUGUGGUUGGAGUCUUCCUUCAGAUUGGUGCUGAAAAUCCUCAGCUGCAGAAGCUUCUUGAUGCUUUUGACGGCAUCAAAGCCAAGAGCACCCAGAAUUCCUUUGCGAACUAUGACCCCAGCACACUCCUGCCAGGGUCCCUGAACUAUUGGACAUACGACGGCUCCCUGACCACACCUCCUCUGCUGGAAAGCGUCACCUGGAUCGUCUGCAAGGAGUCAAUCAGUGUCAGCCCUGGCCAGAUGGAGAAGUUCCGUGGCCUGAUGUUUUCUGGGGAUGGGGAUGCCCCCUGCUGCAUGGUGGAUAACUACCGCCCCCCGCAGCCCCUGAAGGGUCGCAAGGUCCGCGCAUCCUUCCAAUAAGCCAGACGCCCACGCUCUCCUCCAACCCCCUCCCCCCAACCAAGGAGCCGUCCUCCAGUUGACCCCCUGCGGCAGCCCCUCCAACCGCCACCACCCCGCCUCCCAACGCCAAGCAUUUAUCCGUCCUCCACAGUGAGCUGUGCUGGUGUGCCCCACCCUCCUACGAGAGCGACGCGGGGUACAGGAACCCUGUCCGUGCUUCCAGUGCUUCCAUUGACCAGUAAUCCCCUUAGCCCUGCCAACGGAACCCACCCUGGCUGACCACUACAACUGGAUCCGAAAAGAAAUGGAUCACAGACAUGGAUCAUACUCAUCGAGCGGUCUGGUGAUCCUAGUGACCAAAGGUGACCGAGGCAUCCCCUCUUCCACGUGUCCGUCUGGUCCAGGCAGUGGUGUCGCUCAGCCUGAGUGCUCUGAAGGACGCUAGUCUGACUCCGUCGUGGCAUUCCUGAAGGCUCACUGUGGCAGGUUUACUGGGAUUCUGCAUUUUUGGUGCCAAUAUUUGAAAAGUGUUUUAUUUGUUCACUCUUUUUGCUAAGAAAAAAAUAUAUUAUUAUUAUUCUCAUUGUUGUGGAUCUUUAGUAGAGCCAUUGUAGUUCAAGUAUGUAAACGCAAACAAGCAAGGAGGAGGAGGAAGGAGACAAGUGUGGAGAGGCGAUGAAGCUGAAAAGCAAAAUCACGAAGCACAAUGAGGCGUGAAUGUUUUCGCUGAGCACGAUGCGAGAGGACAGCCAUGUCUGCUCACAGUGCCAGCUCAGGGCACCAUCUCUCCGAGCAAAAGCUAGCUGUCAGGCCAUCUGGGAGGGUGAGAGGGUGAAAGGGGGGAGGGGGGAGGGUGAGCCUGCCCCUGUGGUGCCAGUGUAGUAAUCUCUGACUGCCCUCCUCAGGAUCACCACAGCUUAGCGAACCUCUGGUGUUUUGGCCAAGCAAACUUGCAAAAAUCCCUAUUUGGCACACACACACCCAUAUGCGCACACUUGCACAUGUACACAGACACACACACGCACACACAUUAUGUGCAUACAUGCACACACAAAUACAAACACACACAACCAUAUGGCGCAUAGAAUCCCCUCAUUUGUUGGUACUGCGUUUCAUCAUGUGAAAAGCUUCACACUCUGCAUCUUUGUGCCUCCAAUCUCCAAAUCCCUUUCUUGUUUGUUUUCAUGAUUUGUAUCAAUGCUAUAGACUAGCAAAGUGCAUUUGAUGUCUGUGCGGCUUCACAAUACAGAGACAUGUUGUGUUACAAAUUUAUGCCAUUUCUUUUGUUUUCCAUGAUUCCUAAAAAAUUUAAUUGGAUUCUUGUGUUCCUCCCUGUGGGGGUAAAAUCCAUCCUUGUGUUGUAACCACUGCUUUGUGCAGUUGCAAUUGGGCUUGUUAGCCGGGCACUGCAUUAACGUGAAGGUAGAGGUAAACCUGCCAAAAGAUAAACUUAACAGGAACGCCAGGUCCUUAGAACCUCAGUCUCAUGUUAGCCUUUGGGACCAGAAGUCUGCGCAGAACGUCUAAGAAAAUGAAGUGAAGAUCAUGUGUCGCUGUGUGUCUGACAGAAUGUCUUAGUUUGUGCCCGAUCAUGAAUUUCGACUUGCACUGAGUACAUCAUGCUGUCUGCUUGUUUUUGAAAGAGGAGGUUUUCAAUAAAGAUAUUUUACGACUA